AUGUCCACCCGCGAGCCUCCACCACCACCAGGCACCAGCAGCAACGGAAGCCGUGCUGCAGCCACCGACAACACCGGUAUUAACACCACGCCUACUCCCCGCAUCACCCCCCGCCCAACCCCCCACUCCCAACUCACCAACCCACGAACCUACCAACUCUCCCAACUCCGCCGUCGCUACCACCCCGUCGUCGUCCACGAGCACGAAGACAAUGGCUCCACCGUCCUCGACUUCCCCCUCCGUCCCUCGGACCCGGACUUCCCCUUUGAAAUGGACGCCCUGCUGUGCAGCCUCGUCGUUGCCCGGGAUUUCCCCCCAGCGAGACCGACGCUGAGGGUAAGGAACCCGGAGAUGGAGAGGGGGUAUCAGGUCAAUGUUGAGAGGGGGUGGGACAGGAUUGUCGAGGAGGGGAUGGAGAAGGGGAAGGGGGGAACGUUGUUGGCGUGGUUGAAUCGGUUGGAUAGGGAGUUGGAGGGGUUGUUGGCGAGGGAGAGGGCGGAGACGGGGGUGCAAAAGGAGGCGGAGAGGGAGAAGGAGAAGGAGAGGGUUACGCUCAAGGUGGUCAGGCAUGGGAAUCGGCCGUCUGAUCAGACUGUGGAUGCUCAACCACCUUCACCUCAUAUGGCACGGCCUACUGCUGCUGCUGCUUCAUCUCCAAAACCAUCUCCAAAACCAUCUCCAACUCCACCUCCAGCAGCCUCCCCCGACGCAGCCGCCCUCUCCCAAGCGCGCCACACGCGCGACGCCCAAGUCCAACAACUACAAGCCCGCAUGGGCCGCCUCCCCCAAUUCUCAAAAUCCCCAGACGGACUCAGCUUCACCAUCCCAAUCCAAGUACACAGGAAACAGGCGCUGCCGCUCGAGCUGCAGGCCAUCAAGCAGGUGAGGCUCUUCGUGCCGGAGACGUACAACAUCGAGCCUUGCAGAGUGCAGCUGGUAGGCGUUAGUGGGGAGGCGAAGGAGGCGGUGGAGAGGGGGUUUGAGGAGCGGGCAAGGCGGGAGACGGGGUUGUCGCUGGUGAAUCAGGUGAAUUAUUUGGCGCAGAAUAUGCAUGUUUUGGCGAGGGGGAAGGGGGAGGAGGAGGGGGGGAGGAGGGGGGAGGGAAGUACUGCUGCUGCUGCUGCUGCGGCUCCUGAGGAACUUGCUCGUCCCGAAAAGGAGUCUAAGAAAUCUACCUCCGCAGAAGCUCCUCCAUUGACUGCUCCUGAAGGCACGGUGUUCGAAGAUCGUCCGCAUGUCAUCGUCAUCCCCAGGCCUCCGGAAUGGGAUACAAAGAACGAAGGCGAGGAAGCCCAAGAGACAGACUCUUCGUCCUCGGAAAGCGGGCACGAGUCCGAGUCCGAAGACGCCGGCGAUGAGGAGCAGGGCACAGCAGAACCGAGCACAGCAGCAGCAGCAGCACACACCCAAACCCCCGAACGAGGCGUCCUCGUCUCUUUUCCGCAUCUCGAACUGCACGGCAUCGAGCUCCUGGAGAUCGUCACCAUGAAUAUUACGGUAAAGUGCGAGCGGUGCAAGGAUACGAGGGAUAUUACGAAUUUGCUGAGUACGUCGAGGGGUGCUACUGGAGGAGGAGGAGGGGGGUUGAGGAGGGAGGCGUGUGCGAAGUGUGCGGCUAGUUUUGGUGUUGGUUGGAGGGCAGAGUUCAUGCAUGCGAAUUCUGCACGCGCUGGGUACUUGGAUCUGGAGGGCUGUGUGGUUCUGGAUCUGCUGCCUAGCAAUUUCAUACCUACCUGUGCCGAGUGCUCGACGGCGUAUCCGAGACCGGGAGUUGUGUCCGUACGGGGCGAGACGUCGAUGGCGUUUUGCAGGGAGUGCCAUCGGAAGAUGACGUUCCGGCUACCGGAGAUCAAGUUCCUGAGGACCAGCACGAGUGCGGCUGUCAAGGCUGGUCCUGUGCGGAAGAAGAAAGCGGAAAAUCUAGGCAUCGUAGCGGGUCGCGAAUUACCGAAUCGCGGACGCUGUACGCACUACAAGAAGAGUUACCGCUGGUUUAGGUUUUCUUGCUGUAAUAAGGUGUUUGCUUGUGAUAGAUGCCAUGACCAGGUCGCCGAUCAUGUCGUUGAGCAUGCUAAUAGGAUGAUUUGGUACGUUCAAAACUUCCGCCCAAAGGACUGCGGCAUCUGCCAUGCGUGGCUGACGGUGAGGCCCGGCAAGGGGUUCUGGGAGGGUGGACAGGGUACGCGAGAUCGAGUCAAGAUGUCGAGGAAAGAUCCGAGAAAGUACAAGAGGGUCGGGGGGUCGAAGGUGGGGAGUUCGUAG